GCUAGUGGAAUAUCACGAAUGCUCUCUGCAGUCACCCGAGUAAACCCUGUAUGUUGAACAUGGCGUAAUCACGUCAUCUGGUUCAACUCAAAGAUCAGUUUUAUGACGAAAUCUGUGUUAUAUCGUCCGCGCCUCCACCCGUAAGACAAGGCACAAUCUGAUUGUUGGCAGGGUGGAUAAAACGGUCAGUGGAGCAUGGCAGGGACCUUCCACGAAUGACCUCCACCCUACCCCUACACGCUGUGGGCGAUUUGAGUUGCCGUGGAGUUUUCAACACAUAAGGGCAUGAAGAAUCUAGUCACAGUCGAGCUGUACUGCGCGUCUUACCUUUCCACCCAGCUCAGUGAUCACGUGACUCCACCAGCUUCAGACGCUAUGGUUUAACUGGAUUAAAGACGGAUUUGACACGGAUGUUUGGCUUCAUUGGAUUGACGUGUGGCGUCUGGUCUUUUGACAUGUCUGGUACUAAAUCCUCUACAAAUGACGUUAACUGACGGGUAACAGUCUUCGACAUGCUUCUUAAUAUUGUUUACCAAGAUGUAAUAAGAUAUGCUUUUGAAACCGCCCCCGUGAUGGUUACAGUGACAUGACAUGACCUCAAGGCGUUGUUUUCCUGGACGAUGUCAUGGUAUUUCACACGAGCUGUUGUCAAUCCAGGCGUAAUGAGAAGCGUUCUUAGGAGGAUUACUUGUUCGAGACGGCGACAAAUAUAAUCAUUCAGGUUACGAAAUUGGAAACAAAGUACCCACUGACGGUAAGGCUACAUGCAACUAUCAGUUGUGGAGGUGCUUUGUGGGAAGGCAGACUGGAGAUCGGCUGAACUGGUUGGAGGUCGGUGGUGCGCGAACGUUGUAAGUAAAUACAGUGAUCACCAGAGCAGCGUCAAUGCCUUUGACGCUCUCGCGGUCGAGCACAGCGAUGUCGAUGGCAUCGUCCUGUCCGUCGGUAGUUCGUUCUGUGAGAAGUGAUCGUUCUAGUGCAAGUGGUGGACAUGCAUACAAAGCAAAGGAUGGAACGAGGAGGAUAGUACCUUUUCGGUCAGUGUCACGUCCCAGUACAACGUCAUUGUCACGUCCUAGCACAACGUCAGUGUCACGUCCCAGUACAACGUCAUUGUCACGACCUAGCACAGCGUCUACGCAGAAAUCAUCGGUCUCGAAACGACUUGACGUUAUAAGAGACACGUCACGUGCAAAUGUCCCACGUGCAUCAAGACCUGUGUCAGGAAGCGUGAUUCGGAAAAUGUCCCCAUCGCAACCCCGUCCUCAGACUGCCACAUCAUUCACACCAAGGUCAAGGACGUUGAGAAACGGAAGCGCAAAAACACAGAACGAAAGUAACAAGGCUGGUGAAAUCUCACCCCGCAGUUCUGUUCCUAGCCGGACCUACACUUCUAAUGAUAUUUUAGUUCAUCUGUUUAAUAUUUGGCAGCCUCAACUUUGUUCGUCUUAUAGGACAGGUGUGAAAUAUGUUCCGACGACUCCGAAACAGAUGAGAUUUUAUGUUGAUGCGAUGUUGUUGGACAAAAAGCGUUCUCAUCAUUUGAACAGAUUCCGGGCUGUUGGGAGAGUUGCGGAGAGUAUAGCGCGUUUCAAUCAGCAUAAUCUUAUCAACGACGGUGUCGACACUGAAUCUCUCAGAAGCCUAAAACAGUCAAACGACGAUCAGAGUCCUGGGGAUAAAUCGUGGGGUGAUACGGACCACUUGCAACACCUGCAGAAGAUUCAUGAAGAUGGGACCAGUUUCAGCAACACCACAAGCAACAGCCUUGGCCAGCACAGCAACAACAGCAACACCCAUCUGAUGGGUCACCAGCGCAGCAACAGCAUCAACCACCACCAGCUGGGUCAGUACCUCGGCAGCAGCAAUCGGAAAGGUCUCCACAGCAGUAGCCUAGGAAACAUCAGCUUCAGCCAGCUGCUGGGACGUCAACAUCAACGGCUACAGAAGAGCAUGUCACAUGGACAGUUCAAGCUGAAGGAGUAAUUGUGAUCAUUGUGCAGUGAAACCCCCUGAAUCCGGAAACUCUGUAUAACAAACGUCUACAUAUCAAUAGGACACAGCAAGCACCCGUGAUGUGUUCAUUUUGAUAUGUGUUCAUCCAAGGAAAUGUAACCCGUUCGGUUUAACAAGGUUUCAAAAUAAUUAACAACAUAUGGUACUAUGUGUGUAUGCAUUAAAUAAUGGUCAUAUAGUUAAAAGUUUCAAAAGGAAUGUAUAUUGAUGGAAAAUAUAAUUUGAGCAUAUAGUCAUGUGAGAUGGUUUUUAGUAGUGUUGUUUUUUGUCACAAGUUAAAGUGUCAAUUUAGUAUUGG